GACCCGGGUAAUCCCACCUCCUCUGUCAUCCAGCCAUUUCAUCCAGGAGAAAAGCCACCCGCAGCUCCGUCCCCGCCUGUAGGGGAGCGGAAUCGCGGGGGAGGGCCGAGGAACAGCGGGAAGAGCCGCGCGGCGAGCCGGGAGGGGAACGUCUGAGAGCGCGCAGUGGGCUCGCGCCGUUCCGCGCUUCCUUCAGCAGGUGGAAAAAUGCGCACCUCGACCGCAGCCGGGAGCUGAACAACUUGACCGCGCCGAAACUAGCGGCGCUCGCCCCAGCCGGAAAGCGAAACUAGUUCGGACCAGACGGAAGUUCUCGGCGGCAAAAGGCAAGCACGGGCAUUGGUUCGGCUCCAAUAGUGGCUCUGCACGCUUUCCUCUCCCUCCACCUAGCUACCCGCAAAAGUAUUCUAAAGACGAGGCUGUAGGACGGUUCUCCGCCCAGCCUUUUAAUUUAAUGUUAAUUAUUACGGAAAGCUCGUUCUACCGGCCCUUCGCAGCACAAGCCGCCGCCGCCGCGGCCAGGAUUUCGCACCCAGGCGGUAGCGCCAUGGACGUGACUCCGGCUCCACCAUGAGCAGCCAGCGUCCGGCUCGCGGACCAUGUCCCAUGCUUCUUUAAGGUAUAUCUUCAUGGUUCUGCCAUUGUUCUUAGUUCUGGUACCAGAAGCCUCAUCUGAUUACAUGACUGGAAUCCGAAAUGAUUAUGAGAAUAUCCUAAUCAACAUCAUUAUUCAUCUGGAGAAGCUCAUUAGUCAGAACAACACAUCCAACUGUAACCUGAAAACCAACACAGGUUACCUCCAUUCACUUAAGAAUAAAUCCAUAGAUAGCCUGGCAUCGUGUCUUAGAAAAAUGACAAAUUGUUCUAUAAUUUCUUCCGAACUAAAGUACACCAUGGGAAAUGUUUCACAUUUGACAUUGGACAUAUUAAAAAAGAAUCGUUUCACCAUAAAACCACAAAAGAGACGGUGUUGUCCAUGCAGAAAUACCAACAAAAUAUCUGAUCGUACUUUUUGUUGCCUAAAGACUGUUGUUUCAACCUUGAGUUCCGGGUGGAAGAAGUUUCUUUAUCAUGAUUAUCCCCAAGGGGAAUAAAGUGAUAAGUAUAACUUUUGUUAAGAGUUAAGUACAGCUUUUAUGACCUAGAUGAAACUGUGGUAUACUUCAGAAUUUUUCUACAGAAAAUUAUGCAAAUAUUCUGUGCCAAUAACAAGGCUGUUGAAUUUGUUCCGUGGGUCCCACAAAGGAAAAAGCUGGAAGAAGAGAAGCAGAUUGCCAACAACUCACAGCUCUCAAAUGCCAAUGAAAGUUUAAAAAAAAAUAUAUAAUUGAAUGAAUAGAAUGAAUGAAAUAUUCUAUAUUUAUUGGUUCCUGUUUUAUAAUAUAUACAUGCAUUUUAUAUAUUUUGCAUCCUAACAAAUCUUCACUAAAAGAAGGGCUCCUGAACACAUUGUCUUAAUAUUGUAGUUAAUGGAUUUGGAAACUACUGCAGGAUAAAAGAAAGCGAAGAAUUAUUUUUGGGAGUAGGGUAGCAGUUUGGGGAAUGUUUAUUACAAAGGCACAAACAGAUAGCUUGCAGGAAUUAGGACAAUGUAUUUAAGAAGGGUAUAAUUUCUUUAAUAUAUGGAAGUCAGAAAGGUUCUGGCUGUGGUACUUUGAAGAAAUGAGUAAAUAUUAAGGUUUUUUUAAAAAUAAAACAUUAAAGUAAAGGUAAAGGUUUCCCUUGACAUCAAGUCCAGUCGUGUCCGACUCUAGGGGGCGGUGCUCAUCUCCAUUUCAAAGCUGAAGAGCCGGUGUUUGUCCGUAGACACUUCCGUGGUCAUGUGGCCGGCAUGACUACACGGAAUGCCGUUACCUGCCCGCCGAAGCAGUACCUCUUAAUCUACUCACAUUUGCAUGUUUUCGAACUGCUAGGUUGGCAGGAGCUGGGACUAGCAACGGGAGCUCACCCCGUCACGCGGAUUCGAACCGCCGACCUUCCAAUCGGCAAGCUCAGCAGUUUAACUUGCAAUUUUACACAGCUGUUUAUUUUUUUAAUAUUACGUUAGCUAUAAUUAUGUACUCUGAAUAUCAUGUAUUUAAUUAACAAUGUUUAAUUUCAGUGUGUGCUAAUUUUUUUAGCUAUGGGAGAAUAUUAGAGGAUGAAAGAAAGUAUCUGCUUGAUGGUAGAAUGCUCCUUACUGAUCUUUAGCAAUAUAAAUAUUAGGGAUGUUUGAAAUAUUUCAAAUUCAGAAAACUGUAACUUGAAACAUCCUGCUUCUAAUUCAGACAGGUAGAUCUAACCUUGUUGGACAUAAUGCUGACCCAGGAUCAUUCUGACACUGUUUCAGGCCUCUCAAAAUAGGACUAUUUCCAGUGGGCAGUCACAGUGUUGAAACAGCUUGAAUUCAAAAUACUAUAUAUGCUCCUAAUAAAACUAUCUUAAGAUCUCAUGUUCAAAUUAAGUACAUUCAGGAUUCACAUAGUCCUAACCAAUUUCCAGAGAAGGCACCGAUACUGGAUAUAUUCUGUACUGAAUUAGGCUAAUGUGCAUAGGUAUAGGAGAUACAGAAAUCAAAGCAGGGCUCUUCCAAAGCAACUCCAAACAAAAAUUACAAUUCCAAAACUUUUGUUAAAUGAUUCAAAAUGAAAUAAAUGGUGUCCGUAUUUGUUUGAUUUAAGCUUAGAAUGUGUGAACCCAGGCAGUGUAUUUCCAAAAUACACUAAAAGGUAAAAGCUCCUUCAGGUUGUCUAUUGGUGCCUUAAAGGAGAGUUUUCUUGCCAAUAAUAUGGAAGCAGCAUGUCAUUUCCUCCUCCCAGGAUGUUGCUUUGACUUCCCAGUCAGCCCUAUGAUAUCCAGGUGGUCUUGCAUAGCUGUAUUAACUUGUUGGACUCUGCUCAGCCUUUUUCCAAUCCCAAUCAAGGCUGCCACCUGCUGUAGGCUCAAAAGAAGAUACAUGGCUCUAUAGAAAGCAAACUCUUGGACAGGAGGAAUAGGAGAAGUGGAAUUAUUACUGACAUUUCUAGCUUUUAAUUACAGUGAAUGGAAAAUCAUAGUGAAAUCACUCACAAUGCCUGGUGGGGAGCAGGGGAAUUUGAGACAAUAUGUUGCAGAAUUCUUUGCCUCUCACUCUGGUAGCAUCCCUUGCAGAACCCAAAAUAAAUCCCUCUAUCUCUA